UGUCUUUAGCCUGGACUGCUGCUGUGAUACUGUCUCUGUUCCUGUCUCAUUGAUCAGCUGUUCAACAUGACAGUGAAACAUCUGGACCAGGGCCAGCAUUACAGGCCAAGAAUGGCAUUCCUCAAAAAGAUUGAGGCCCUCUUGCUGGAGAUGCAGGAUGUGGAGACAGGAAUCAAGAUGCAGACUCAAAGGCUAAUGAUAACGUCGAUCCCUCACGCAAUCACAGGUCAUGAUAUCCUGGAGUGGAUUAUUCAAAGGUUACAGAUCACAGAUGAAGAGGCCCAGCACCUCAGCAAUCUAAUGGUGAAAUGCGGUUAUAUCUACCCUCUGCAGGAACCAACUAAUCUCAUUCUAAAACCCGAUGUUAGUCUCUACAGAUUCCAGACUCCUUAUUUUUGGCCCACCCAGCAGUGGCCUGCCGAGGACACAGACUAUGCAAUUUACUUGGCAAAGAAAAAUAUCCGGAAAAAGGGGAUUUUGGAAGAAUAUGAAAAGGAAAACUACAGUGCCCUGAACAAAAAAAUCAACCAUAAGUGGGAUUUUGUCAUAAUGCAGGCGAAGGAGCAGUACAAGGCUGGAAAGGAGAGAAAGAAAUCAGACAGAGUUGUAUUGGACUGUCAGGAGAAGGCUUAUUGGCUUGUUCACAGACCACCUCCAGGAGUUCAGGACGUUCUAGACUAUGGGAUGGAUCGUGCGAGUGACCCCAACGUUGUUAAGAAAAAAACUGUGGAUUUCUACAGGAGAGAAAUCAUGUAUUACCAGCAAUCACUUAUGAGAUCCACGGUAAAAUCUUCAGUGUCCCUGGCUGGGCUCCUAAAAUAUUGUGAACAGUACUAUUUGCAUGAUCCCAUAAUGUCCGGGUGCCUUCCCAGCAACCCUUGGAUUACGGAUGACACCAUGUUCUGGGAGUUAAAUGCCAAACUUGUGGAAACCCCAACAAAGCUGCGUGUGGAGAGAUGGGCAUUUAAUUUCAGCGAGUUGAUUCGGGAUCCCAAAGGAAGACAAAGCUUCCAGCUCUUCCUGAAGAAGGAAUUUAGUGGAGAAAACAUGAGUUUUUGGGAGGCCUGUGAAGACUUGAAAUAUGGAGACCAGUCCAAAGUCAAAGAAAAAGCAGAGGAGAUUUACAAGUUGUUCCUGGCUCCAGGUGCAAGGCGUUGGAUUAACAUUGAUGGUAAAACAAUGGACAUCACGUUGAAAGGCCUAAAGCACCCUCAUCGUUACGUCCUGGAUGCCGCACAGACACAUAUCUACAUGCUGAUGAAAAAGGAUUCCUACGCUCGGUAUCUGAAAUCUCCCAUCUACAAGGAAAUUAUUGGCAAGGCCGUCGUUCCACAGGAGUUCAAGAAAGGUAACUUCCCAUUCAUGCGCCGGCAUCGGAGGUCCAGCCCCAGCCCUGUGAUUCUCAGACAACUGGAAGAGGAAGCUCGAGCAAAGGAGGCAGCCAACACAGUGGAUAUUACGCAGUUGUGCCAUUUUACUGCUCCAAUCCCUCACCUGACUGUCUACACCGGUACCUGUGCCCCCCCAUCCCCAACAAGCUUCUUCCUCUCCUGCCACCCUGUCGGGGAUCCAGCCUCUCCUUCCCCUGGACACGUCACCCUGCCAAACUGUGCUGCCUGCCCCUCGCCUAUUAGCGUAGCUAUAGAAAGCACUCCAGGCGUAGAGAGAAAGUGGGAAUCCAGUGAAAAUCAGUUUCCAUCUCCUACUGACAAUACGGACGUAUCUUUUGGGUCAGAAUCGGGCACAGGUGGAAACCACCUGACUGUCCCAACGGAGAUCAAGUCAUCUCAAAAAACCAAGGUCACCUUGUCCUUCAGCAAGUUAUUGAAGAGGGGCUGUUCAAACUCACCGGUUUUUGCCACUCUUUUGCCUAAGUGCCAAAUGGUAAAUCAUGGAAAAGUUCAGCCUCUAAAUGAUUUGGAGCAGCAGUUGCAGCCAACCUCAAAGAAAGUGACCAACUUUUUCCAGAUUAAGGUGGACAUUCCCUCUGAAUGUCGCGUCUACCCAAUCGACUCCGAGGAAGAUGACGAGGAUAGUCAGCUGGCCUGUAAAGAGUCGAUACAAGAGGUAAUCUGUCCAUGGGAAAACAUCAUUGAGCAAGAUAAAGCCGGAUAAAGUUGUGGCCUUAGGGUAACCAGAGGUGGUGGCCAUCGUGGGCACUAGCUGGGAGCCUCACAAAUCAAAAAGUGCAUUAAGAUCCGUAAUGAAUCCAGAGAUCACCUUCAACAUCAACCAGAUCACUGCCAGGAGGAGGACUGUAAUGCCCCUCUCACUCAAGCACAGCUGUAAUAGCCAAAAAUACACCCAGAAUCCCUUUGCACCAAGAAUGGCUUAUCGCUCCUUUUCUAUGCAUGCCCUUCUGGUCACAAGAUGACUGACAAACUUGUAGCUUGAAACUGUUACACUGGUCCACGUUCUGUUAUUACAGGGUUUUUAUUCGUUUGUGACGUCUUUAAGUUUA